UCCCGAUUUCUAUAUUCAGCGAGAAAUUGGCCCCAAUCUGCAGUCUCCAAUCCCCAAUCCCCAAUCCCCUCCUGCAAUUAACCAAGCGAGCGAAAGAGAGAGAGAAACAGAAAGAGAAAGAGAUACAAUCUAUCAUCCAAGCCAUGAAACGCGCAAUCGAAGACAUCACCGUCUCUAAAGCGUCGCCGGCUGCAGCCGCCGCCACCAAGAGGCCCGUGUUCCUGACGAAAGCCCAGCGCGAGCAAUUGGCUCUCCAACGUCGUGAAGAGGAAAUCGAAGAGCAGAGGCGCCGCCAACAACUGCUUCUCUCCCAUGCCCGCUCCGAUGCCUCGUCUUCUGAUGCCAACGCCGCAAACAACAAUGAUAACCACCACAAACCACCCACCUCCGAAUCCGACCGCCGCGACAGAGACCGUGAUAAGGAAAAGGAUAGGGAUAGGGAUAGAGAGCGCUCCUCCCGGGAUAAAGAUAGAGAUAGAGAUAGAGAUAGAGAUAGAGAUAGAGAUAGGGAUAGGGAAAGGGAUAGGGAUAGGGAGCGCGACUCCGAUCGUCGAAACAGGGAGAGGGAGCGAGAGGAGGAGGCCAAGGCACGUGAGCGCGCUCGCCUAGAUAAACUGGCGGAGCGAGAGCAGGAGAAAGCCAUCGAAGCCAUAAAAGAGCAGUAUCUGGGUUCCAAGAAGCCCAAGAAGCGGGUCAUCAAGCCCAGCGAGAAAUUCCGCUUCUCUUUCGACUGGGAGAACACCGAGGAUACUUCUCGCGACAUGAAUCUCUUGUACCAAAACCCACACGAGGCCCGCCUCUUGUUUGGGAGAGGCUUCCGUGCCGGCAUGGACCGCCGCGAGCAGAAGAAGCAGGCCGUCAAGAACGACAAGGAUAUCCGCGAGGAGCUGCGCAAGAAGGAGGGCAUCGAGGAGAAGCCCGAGGAAGCUGCCGCCCAGCGGCUCAAGGAAGAAGCUGCUGAUCUCUACGACACCUUCGACAUGAGGGUCGACCGCCAUUGGAGCGAGAAGAAGCUUGAGGAGAUGACCGAGAGGGACUGGCGCAUUUUCAGGGAGGACUUCAAUAUUUCCUACAAGGGCUCCAAGAUUCCUCGCCCCAUGAGGAGCUGGGUUGAGAGCAAAUUGAGUCCCGAGCUUCUCAAGGCCGUCGAGAGAGCUGGCUACAAGAAACCGUCCCCCAUUCAGAUGGCCGCCAUUCCCCUCGGAAUGCAGCAGCGCGACGUCAUCGGGAUUGCCGAGACUGGCUCCGGUAAGACUGCUGCCUUUGUUCUCCCCAUGUUGACCUAUAUUUCCAGAUUGCCUCCCAUGAGCGAAGAGAACGAAGCCGAAGGCCCUUAUGCUGUCGUCAUGGCACCCACCCGUGAACUCGCCCAGCAGAUUGAGGAUGAGACUGUCAAGUUCGCCCACUACUUGGGCAUCAAAGUGGUCUCCAUUGUUGGCGGCCAGUCCAUUGAGGAGCAGGGCUUCAAGAUCCGCCAAGGCUGUGAAGUUGUCAUUGCUACUCCCGGCCGCCUGAUCGAUUGCUUGGAGAGGCGUUAUGCUGUUCUCAAUCAGUGCAACUAUGUUGUUCUUGACGAGGCCGACAGGAUGAUUGAUAUGGGAUUCGAGCCCCAGGUCGUUGGUGUGUUGGAUGCGAUGCCCUCCAGCAACAUGAAGCCGGAGAACGAGGACGAAGAGCUCGAUGAGAAAAAGAUUUACAGAACCACUUAUAUGUUCAGUGCCACCAUGCCCCCUGCUGUGGAGCGCCUUGCCAGGAAGUACCUGCGAAAUCCCGUUGUGGUCACAAUUGGCACCGCUGGAAAAACAACAGACUUGAUCACCCAAAAUGUUAUAAUGACCAGGGAAUCUGAGAAAUUUGGUAGAUUGCAGAGAUUGCUCGAUGAGCUUGGUGAUAAGACUGCUAUAGUGUUUGUGAACACCAAGAAAAAUGCAGAUAGCGUUGCCAAGAAUUUGGACAAGGCAGGUUACAGAGUGACCACUCUGCAUGGUGGGAAAUCUCAGGACCAAAGAGAAAUCAGCCUGGAAGGUUUUAGGACCAAGAGAUAUAAUGUGCUUGUGGCAACAGAUGUUGCAGGACGUGGGAUUGAUAUACCUGAUGUUGCUCACGUGAUUAACUAUGAUAUGCCUGGGAAUAUCGAAAUGUACACUCAUCGUAUUGGACGAACAGGCCGUGCUGGUAAGACUGGAGUUGCCUCAACGUUCUUGACAAUGCAUGACACUGACGUGUUUUAUGAUCUCAAGCAAAUGCUCAUUCAGAGCAAUAGUCCUGUGCCUCAUGAACUGGCAAAACACGAGGCUUCCAAGUUUAAGCCUGGAUCAAUUCCUGAUAGACCACCUAGAAGAAAUGACACUGUGUUUGCUCAUUGACGAUCCGGCAUAUUAUUUUAGCGGCUGAAGCCAUAUGUGCUUGCUUCUUACUUCAAGCAUGGGAUUGAGUUCGCCUUUUUGACGGAUUAGUUCUUCUAGAUUUUUUUCAUGAAUUUCUGCGUAAUUGAGUGACUCAAAAUGGUUGAAAAAUUUUAUACAAUGUUUUCCUUUUAACUAUUUAGGACCUAGAAGUUUAUUUGAUGAUGAUAUUUGCUGGCAGCAUGACAUCUUGAAUAGUUAAAUUUGUCUGUUUUAUGUUGCUGCCAAACUUUUUAUGAUACCAUGCUUAUUACAUCAAGCAAAACAUAAUUAGGAAUGAAUA